CUUCAAAUUACACAUUAAAUUUGUGAAGAAUUCUCAUCAGAACCCUUGGAAAAUGGAAACAGGCGAUUCAGUCGAAUUAUUUAAAACUGCAUCCUACUACUCAGAUACAACCAGCCACACAUCACUCCAAUAGGAGUGUUCUAAAAAUACGACAGGCGAGCAGUAUGAAAAAACUACAAAAAAGUGAGAUCAAAGAAAGGUACUAGGUCACCAAAGGGAUAUUGGAUGUUGGACGUGGACUAUUUGAUUUUUUUACAUAUUCUUGCGACCGUUAUGUGUUUACAUAGAAAGGUCCAUUGUGGGGGUCUGUUUUUCAAUUUUUUGUGAGAUUCGAAAGAAUUUAUUUAUGGGAGAGUUAGUUCACAAGUAUUAAUUACUUUUAGAUCGGCUUUUAAUUAGUAUAGGUUUGGUUUUUUAAGAAAUUAUGCUAUGUCGCGUUUAUAAACUCGUAUACAUUGAUUUCCCUACCGAGCUCACCAAAAUGCGUGAAUAAUAGUAAAAACUACAAACUGUUGCUUUUUACAUGGUAGUCGUGUGGUGGAAACUAUUUUGUGCGGAAAUUCCCACACAAGUCAUCACUUUCUUGAGUUUUCGGCAUUAUUUGCAUCACUUCGGCCUCUGUUGGCAUUUCAGCUUCAAUUUUAACACCAGCUAGCGUUAUUUACUCUUAGAAUAGGCGCUACCUGGCAUUCAUGUGGUUGUUUUUCCCACGCUUCGUUCAUUAAAUCAGCACGUAAUAAGCAUUUUUCAGCACACAGAACAUACAUUUAGCAUUGGGCCAAAUUGUGCACACAUGUUUUGGAAUUAGUCUAGCGCUUUUGUGGGUUGACACACUGAGGAAAAUACGUGAAAUCUUACCUAAAUUAAAAGUAUGAGGACGAUUUAGGGAAAACUGUUAUAUUUCUCCCAGGUUUUCAUACUGGUCCUCUACCAAAUUAUCCUCAAGUUUUGUACUUAGGAGAAUUCGCUGUGAGUUGUCGAGUGUCAGAAGUCUUCUAACGAUUCGCUCCUUGACAUUUUAUCCAUUGCAGUAUUUUUCAUAUUACGGCGGAAGAAAGACUGUGUAUAGAAUAGAAGAGCAAAUAGUCGAAAUUUACUGAAUUAUGCAAUUUGACUUAGUUCAUUCCACAUGCCGUUACUUUUCUCGAGAAGCAUAUUUUCUGCUUUAUUUAUUAACCUAGGGAAAUCUUUUUACCUAUCAAUCUCAUUUAAUUCCUAAAUUUUCUGUAUGGUUUAUGAAACCACACUCAUUAUGUAAAUAUGGAUAUAGUGUUCCUAAAAACUCAGCCUUGUUAUUACCAUUUUCUAAUUACUGUAUAAUUCUUUUCACUGUGUUGACAGGAUUGACCGGUCUGUUUCAGUGUAGAUCAGACAAAUGUUCUAGGAAAGAAAGGACACUGCAAAUACAUUUAAGUUGUGCUAGAUAAUACUACUACUGAAAACUGAACAAUUUAUUCUUGUCACUGUACCAUUUCAAGGUAUUUUAAUCUGUAGUAGCAAAAGAAUCCUAUCGCGUUCCCAUUCGGAGGUAUCUUAACACUUAACUGACAGUAUUUAUAAUUGACUUCUCUCUGUGGAUAAAUUGGUGUGCCAACAAAUAUUUCAUACAGACGAUCCUAUUUUAUAACAGAAUUCUUCGUUUAGGUUCCUACACAGGUAUCCUGAAAGGUUUUAAUAUAAUUUGAAGCAUAAGAACUCAAUAAAAUCAGUAAAUCAUUUGAUUUUGCGAAAUUUUCAUAAUGUGUGUGAAAGUAUUUAGUGGUUUGUUACUAGAAAUUAGGCAGCGCUAAUAAAACAGAUACUAUUCACACAGUGAAUUGAUAUUAAUGCGUAGAAAUAAGGGUUGAUAACAUUCUGUUGAGAAACACAAAAGGCAAGAGUUUGCAUAUUUUCAGCAAACUCAUUACUCAGUUUCGGAUGAAUCUCUCAGAAAGGCAAAUGUCAAGAGGCGGUUGUUUUCACUUAUAAAGUUGCUUUAUCAUAUUUAUAAAUGUUUUAUUUUGUGAAGAUCUUUUCUCGUCUCUUUGGUAAAUAUACGCUCAUUUUUUUCAUUACCUUGAUGCGUAUAACAACUACAUGAAUAAUAACCAAACGUUUGAUUGGACACUAGUAACUUAUGUGAUGUUUCUAGUCCUUUCUUCGGUGUAGAUUGAAUUCCACCACUCAGGUUUGCAAUGUGACUACCAUUCGGGGUAGCUCGCCUCCAACUAUCUAAUAACCAGAUGUCUUUAAGUGACUUAGUUGUGGAUUAUGAUCACGCUUCAUCAGCAGAAACUAUUUUACUAUUAUCCGAACUGAUCAAAUGAAUAAGUGGUAUCAAGUAACCACGGCUAACAUUUGAUAUAUAAGUUCAUUUGAAAAAUAUCAAUUAUUCUACCUAUCUCGUUAAACUAACUCUUGUUUGUGUAAGAUAAAUGUAUCCAGUAGGGUCGUUCUGCAGCCCCCUUAAUAACUGCUUUAUAGCAGUUUUCUAUAGUGGCUCCUCAAGCAUCACAGUGUUUAUUUGAUUCGAAAUGAUUGACUCAAAUCAUAACGUAAUACCACAUAAAAGUGUGGUAGUUUAAGUAUCUGCACUUUUCAGCCACAGAAAGGAAGAAACUAGAUAUUAAAAUGACAUUUUUAUAGAUAUUUAGUUCACCAUUAUCUUAAACUAAACCUCUUGGCCUUUUGUAUAAACGCCAAACUCCCAAUCGGAUAAUGAUAGCUCAUCAUAUAAUAAACGAGACUGUUUGUCUUAUUAGUUACAGUGAAUUAAAAAUGAGGCAGAGCGAUGAAAAAAACACUGAUAACUUGCGUUCAUAUCACUUGCGUUAUAUAAGUUACUAAGAACGUCUGUAUUAUAGUGUCCUAUUAUAGUCGGUCAGCUUCUAUUAAAUGAAUGUGAAGUUUGUGUUACGUUUAUCUAUUAUUUGUGGUAUAUCAUUGUAACACUCAGAAUAUGGAAUGCAGCUCUCAAGUAUAAGGUUUGUUUUCCUGAUAAAAGAUUUCUGCAUGUUUGUAAAUCCAUAUUUCUGCUUAUUGGAAAUAUCUGGAAACAUCUUUAUAAUCACAUACACAUCGCCAUUAUUUCGUGAUUAUGACCGAGAGAUUAAUGAGAAUGUAGUCAAGCUGCUUUUGGGCAACUAAUAACUACUGAAUUUAUGUAAUAAAGGUUAAAUUAGUAAUGGUCAUAGUUUCUCGAAGCGAGUAAAUCCGAAAAUAUGAAAAUUUGUAAUGGCUUUACAAAUUAGAAGCUAAUUUAUCCAUUGGGGGUUACUCCACGAAAUACUGAUCUUUUUACAAGAUUCGUUUACAAAUAUUCUAGUUAGUGUUAACGGAAAUGAAGUCCAGCACCCUUGAUACCCCUCAGAAAGGCACUCGCUUGAAGAAGUAGUAAAUUUUAACUUGCAUUCUUUUAGGAUUGUGAAAUCAUUUCAGAAGAUAUUUCAUGGAAUAUUUAUUAUCUCUUUAUUGUUUUCCAAGUACUUAUCAUAUACGCCUACCUGCCAUGCAAACAUUUUGUAAAUGGUGAUUUGCCAAUUAGACCGUAAACUUAUGUUCUUACCAUCGUAUUUUGGUAUGACUUAAAGACACAUUUAUAGGUCUCUGUGAUAAUCAUUGGAACUUAUUUUCAAUGUAUUACAACAAAAAACAGACAGUGUAAAAUGUAUGAUAGUUAUAAUUUAUUGGCUUUUCAAAAUCAUCUGAAUAAUUUCGAUAAUUUAGUUAUAAAUAUUGAGAGUUGACAAUUAAUCAAGAUGAAUCCAAUCUAAACCCUUUAGUGUCAACCUUCUGUUUCCUUACGAACGCAAUUAGUGUUAAAGUAAACCAAAGACAGUGUCCAUCACCUACCUUCAGUCUGGCAAUAUGACUAGUCCAUAAUCUUGUGCAAGUGAAUUUGUGAAUUAUAAGCUCUGUAAUAUUGCUUUCUUAAUAUUUUCUUUUCAGCAGAUAUAAUAUUGUGAACAAUUUAAAAUUAUAAUGUUUGCAAAGACCUCAUUUGUUUAUCUGGAAAGGAGUAUUUAUGCUGUCACUGCCAUAGGUAUUCUUAAUUAUUCUACUUAUAGACUGUUUUUAUCUUCAAAAAACCCGGAUUACCAGAGCUUAUUACACUUGAGGAAUAUUACUUUCGCUUCAGAUUUUGCACUAUUGCAAGAUGCAGCAGAGGUACAAUGGACAUUGCUUCCAUUAUGGAUGAGUUUUGUCCCUUACUUAUUACUGCAUUCACUGGCUUCAUCAAUAAUAUUUACUCUGACAAAGCCAAAGAUACACAAAUGCUGUCGUGCAAUUUUAUCUACUUGGUUAGUCGUUCAUAUGGUCGGACUUAACAUGGUUAUUGAUAUUUUGUUCAAUUUACUGUGCUUCUUGUGCAUAAGCUAUUUGGUUUCUGGGAAUCGCAUUGUAAUUUGGUUCUUCACUGUUUUGAUAUUUCAAGUAUCUGAAUUCUUUAUUAGUUCAGCGAGUUAUGAGGUAUCACUGUUUAUUCGUCAUUCAGUAUCACACGAAUGGUUUGUACUUUUGUAUGCUGCACAUUUUUACAUAAUACUACGUGGUUUAAGUGUGGCAUUAUCAAUUCAUAGAUUAUCAGACAAAUCCAGGUCAUCUACUCGUGAACGUGAAGCGAAAGUGGAACCAACAAUAAAGUGUGACUCAAAAUUUUCAUUGACUAUUCUACUGGAUGCCUUGGAUUAUUCUUUUUAUCCACAUGCACUAUUUUUAGGUCCUUUAAUUCUGUAUUCAGAAUGGCAUGAUUUUUGGGUAAAUUGUAACUCUUUGUCAUCCAGUCAGUCAGCAAGUUUUAAGACACUCUUUUCAAUAUUGCUAUCACUUUUAUUCAAAGCUAUUCGACUAUUAUUUUGGAAUUCAUUUUGGUCAUUAUGUUUAUGCUUUGUUUAUCCUAAUUCAUUUGGAUAUUUAUUUCCUUAUGUACAACUCCAUGAUUUAUCGAAUAGAUUAAAUAAAAAUGACUUUGUUAUUGAUCGUGGUACAAUUGGUGCAAUCAUGUCAUUGCGUGGUUUACACUUAUUUAUGACAUAUUUACAAUUUUAUGGAUGGCCAUAUGUACUUAUAAAUUUAGAAUGGCUUCUUAUUAAUCUAUUCAACAAGUUAUUGAGUGUAAUACAUGGUUCAUGUAAAAAAAAUCUAUAUGAAGUCAGAAAAUCCUGUGAUGGUUUACAUCGACUUCAAGUUUCGUAUAUACCUGAUCCACCAUCAUGUUUACUACACGUUCUUUUGACUUCUGAAUGCUGGCGGUCAUUUGAUCGUGGAUUGUAUAAUUUUAUCAAAUCGUAUAUUUUUCUGCCUGUAAUUAACUAUGAAGUACCUUUAACAUAUAAGUAUUCAAAUAUUGUGCAAUUAAAUCCUACCAUCAAAACUGUACUAGCGCUUAUUUUGUCCUAUUUAUUUGUACUUUUAUAUCAUGGAAUUGAUCAGACAAAUAUGAUCUGGUUAUUCUGUAAUCUACUGGUUUUAUUUUCUGAACGUCUAGUCAAAUGGGUGUACCUUUAUACCGACUUUGGAUCAGAAUUACGUCAUCAUCUUUCCACUGAGUGGAUCCGACGUUUAUCAUUGCUACUCUGUGCAUUAAGUGGAAUUUUUUCAGUCUUGGGGAACUUUUACUUUCUUAUUGGAUUCAGAGCUGCUCAUCAAUUGUCAAAAUGGGUGGUAUAUGACCCAACUUUGCGCCUCACCUUGUUCGUAUUUGCUUAUUGCCACUUAAAUCUGGUCACAGAUUUACGGAGUCUGUUCCCAUCACUUCGACCACAGUCUGGGAAGAGAUUCACUCAUAUGCAGAAGAAAUGAUGUUUGUAUGUCACUUUUUCUACUGAUUUAGAUAUGAUUUUAAUAUUAUUUACUAAGCUCACAAAUAUAAAAGUCCUG